AUGGGCACGUACAAGCCGUGGAGUAUGUUGGCAAUGUACGCGAGUGUUACUGGUUUCAUAUAUAUGGAGACCGACGGAUUCAGAAAGGAUACUCCCUUAUUAUACGCUAUGCCAUUGCUACUGUUGGCUGUUUUGACGAUUAAUCUGAACAUGAGAUCUUUAACGAAAUAUCUCACCGCUCUAUCGUUCCUUUUGGCUGGUGCAUCACUCUAUCAACUGGAUCGACUCGUGCUGAACUACACGUGCUCUUUGAUGACCUUAUCACACACCGCAUAUUUGUUAUCAUUUAUCAGUUGUUUGCGAAAACUCUGGAACGGUCUCGCUUUGGCACUGACUGUCUAUGUGGGCGCUCUAUCGUACUACUGCUUCGCUGAUUUAGUUUACUCAAUUCCGUUGUUAAUCGUCUUAUUGAGUGCUCUUCUCUUGGUACUUUUCGUAUCAACUCUGGUCGCUGGAUCGAUAUGGCAGUAUGGCUCGAGGCAUACUUCUGCGACACAGGUCAGUCACUCUCUUCUCAUUUGCAUUAUUCUGAAAAUUCUUACUCUUACUGUGAAAUAUCCACUGGGGCACUUGGGAUAUCAAUCAGUUCCUCCAUUCAGAUAUUGCCGUAAUCUCGCCUUAUCUCCGCUAUUUUCAGGCAGAUUUCCUGCGGUUCGUCGGAUUAGUCAUGGGCAUUUGCUGUUGUUCCGUAAUGCUACUGAAUCGUUUCGCAACGCAUCUGAAUCAACCACAUUAUACAAUUAA